AUGAAGUGCGCUAUCCUCCUCGUUGCUGCCACCAAGACCAUGGGCUCCUGCCUGCACCAAUCAACCAAUCAACCCCCCCCCCCCCCCCCCCCCGCCGCCCCCACCGCCUAUGGAUGCGGCACUAAGAGAUACUGCCAGGCCAUCGGCAUUUUCGGUGGUAGUUCGGAGAACUUCAAAGCUAAACACUACCGAGGCCUGCUUCAACGCGCACGAGCCCAAGCAAAAGGAGGAGCUCCCCUUCGAUUUGGCUAUACUGCUGACGCCGACUGCGCCGCCAGAGGCAUGACGGUGGAUUCGUGCGGCACCAAGAUGUACUGUGAGGCGAUUGGUCAAUGGGGCAGCGAAGACGGGAGCCUGCUUGAGGAUACCCGCUGGAACAGCACCAAGGAGUGCCUCGACGGCCACGUCACCGAGCCUAAGGACCUGCCCUGGAAGCAGCCUGGCGCCACUAGCUUCUGCAGCGACUGUGGAGAUUUUAGUGAGGAUACCUGCGGCGCCGAGGCCUUCUGCGAUAUUUUGAGAAAGAACGCCGAGUCUUCCUCUCGCCAUAUUUGA